AAGGGCAGCUACGGAGACUCCUCCAGCAGAGCCCCUGCAGCAGCGAGCGAGUGAGCCCAGCCGAGCGCGGCACACUUCCGGGACGCGGCGCGCCUAUCCCGUACCCUUUCCCUUCUACUCUUCCCGCAGUUGUCCUGCCACUUGGGAUUCAGGACGAACAGUCUGUCCCAGGGGCCUGGGCGCUUGCACAGAACGCAGCAUUCGCCUCCGUGGUCCUCUGGAGGGGCGCUGCAGGAGGGGGUGACGGAUAUAAGGACUCGAGAUCCGCCGCGGGAAUGAUCCACGAACUACUCUUGGCUCUGAGCGGAUACCCAGGGUCCAUUUUCACGUGGAACAAGCGGAGUGGCCUCCAGGUGUCACAGGACUUCCCAUUUCUCCAUCCCAGUGAAACCAGCGUCCUGAAUCGACUCUGCCGGCUGGGCACAGACUAUAUUCGCUUCACCGAGUUCAUUGAACAGUACACGGGCCAUGUGCAGCAGCAGGAUCACCAUCCAUCUCAGCAGGGCCAAGGUGGGUUACAUGGAAUCUACCUAAGGGCCUUCUGCACAGGACUGGAUUCAGUUUUGCAGCCUUAUCGCCAAGCACUGCUUGAUUUGGAACAAGAGUUCCUGGCUGACCCCCAUCUGUCCAUAUCACAUGUCAAUUACUCCUUGGAUCAGUUCCAGCUCCUUUUCCCCUCUGUCAUGGUUGUGGUAGAACAAAUUAAAAGUCAAAAGAUUCAUGGUUGUCAGAUCCUGGAAACGGUAUACAAACACAGCUGCGGAGGUUUGCCCCCUGUUCGAAGUGCACUAGAAAAGAUCCUGGCCGUGUGUCAUGGGGUCAUGUAUAAGCAGCUCUCAGCCUGGAUGCUCCAUGGACUCCUCCUGGACCAGCACGAAGAGUUCUUUAUCAAACAGGGUCCUUCUUCUGGGAAUGUCAGUGCCCAGCCAGAAGAGGACGAGGAGGAUCUGGGCAUUGGGGGACUGACAGGAAAACAGUUGAGAGAACUCCAGGACUUGCGCCUGAUAGAGGAAGAGAACAUGCUGGCACCAUCUCUAAAACAGUUUUCCCUACGAGUGGAGAUUUUGCCAUCCUACAUUCCAGUGAGGGUUGCUGAAAAAAUCCUGUUUGUUGGAGAAUCUGUCCAGAUGUUUGAGAACCAAAAUGUAAACCUGACUAGGAAAGGAUCCAUUUUGAAGAACCAGGAGGACACCUUUGCUGCAGAACUUCAUCGGCUCAAGCAGCAGCCACUCUUCAGCCUGGUGGACUUCGAGCAGGUGGUGGAUCGUAUUCGUAGUACUGUGGCCGAGCAUCUCUGGAAGCUGAUGGUGGAAGAGUCAGAUUUACUGGGUCAGCUGAAGAUCAUCAAAGACUUUUACCUUCUGGGACGCGGAGAACUGUUUCAGGCCUUCAUUGACACAGCUCAACACAUGUUAAAAACACCACCCACUGCAGUAACUGAACAUGAUGUGAAUGUGGCCUUCCAGCAGUCUGCACAUAAGGUAUUGCUGGAUGAUGACAACCUUCUCCCUCUGUUGCACUUGACGAUUGAGUAUCAUGGAAAGGACCAUAAAGAUGCUGCUCAGGCGAGAGAAGGGCCUUCUCGGGAAACUUCUCCCCGGGAAGCCCCUGCAUCUGGCUGGGCAGCCCUAGGUCUCUCCUACAAAGUGCAAUGGCCACUGCACAUUCUCUUCACCCCUGCUGUUCUGGAAAAGUACAACGUCGUCUUCAAGUACCUGCUGAGCGUACGCCGGGUGCAGGCUGAGCUGCAGCACUGCUGGGCCCUGCAGAUGCAGCGCAAGCACCUCAAGUCCAACCAGACCGACGCGGUCAAAUGGCGCCUGAGAAACCACAUGGCAUUCUUGGUGGACAAUCUGCAGUACUAUCUCCAGGUAGAUGUGCUGGAGUCUCAGUUCUCACAGCUGCUGCAUCAAAUCAACUCCACCCGAGACUUUGAAAGCAUCCGAUUGGCUCACGACCACUUCCUUAGCAACUUGCUGGCUCAGUCCUUUAUCUUGUUGAAACCUGUGUUUCACUGCCUGAAUGAAAUCCUAGAUCUCUGUCACAGCUUUUGCUCGCUGGUCAGUCAGAACCUGGGCCCGCUGGAUGAACGUGGGGCUGCCCAGCUGAGCAUCCUGGUGAAGGGCUUUAGCCGCCAGUCGUCACUCCUAUUUAAGAUUCUCUCCAGCGUUCGCAAUCAUCAGAUCAAUUCAGAUUUGGCUCAACUACUCUUACGACUAGAUUAUAACAAAUACUACACCCAGGCUGGUGGAACUCUGGGCAGUUUCGGGAUGUGAAAACAUCUGGUUCACAAACAGGCCCAUCAUGUUCCCAAAUCUGUGACAGAAGAUUCAAAACACUCCAGCCUUUCAACAAAUGCCUGCAGACUACUGAGGGCUCUACCUUUUUCUGCUAGAAGCAAUACUACUGAACACCCGUGGGCACAAAUGCUUCCCAUGUGGAAGGGUCUGCCCUACCUUAGGGGAGUUCGUCACUCACCCACCAUGGAAGACAUGUGGUGUCAGCUCUCCCUCUGCCGGCCUUGCCAGAUCCAGUCCACGGAGAACAUCCGUGGGGCACAUCCAUGCAUUGAGCACCUGCUAUGCGCCUAGGUACUGUUCAAGCUGCGAGACCCAGCAGUAAGAACUCCCACUUAUCUCACGCUGGUAAAAGGGCAAUCCUAGCUAUUGACAAUGUAGUAAAGUAGUAUUCUAACAAAGAAAAAAGGGUCCUUAAGAAAACUUAGGUCAAAUUCUUAAGAUUUCAAGUACUGAAAAUUACAGGUCUAAUUAUCCCCUCUUAGAAGAACCAUAGGAGUUGAGGUUCUCCUAACCUGGCCCAACCAUUACUGGUAAUUAUUAAUGUUCAUAUGGGUGUGAACCAAAAUACUCAUUGAACAACUCCCUCCAUACUGAACAAGAAUGCAGCAAUCCAGCCUCAGUCUGUAGCUACUGAAUCUGGUUCUUAUCUCUGCAUCUUCUACCACAUACUACGUCCUAUUUCCUACAGUUGUGUGCUGAGGAUGACCCCUUCCACUCCUGCCUGUGGAGAAGUUAGCAAACCAUGGCCUGCCACCUGUUGGUGUAAAUAAAGUUUUAUCGGAACCCAGCCA